AUGGGGACAGGAGAGCAGAGCUGGGCGAACGACAUCUUGGAGUGGGCCAGGGGCCACUGAGUCCACCACAAGUACUCAGAGACAGAUGUGGACCCCCACAGCGCCCAUCAAGGCGUCUUCUUCUCCCACAUCAGGUGGCUGUUGGUCCACAAGCAUCCAGCUGUCAUUGAUGUCGCUGAUCUGCUUGCUGACCCUGUGGUCCAGUUCCAGAGGAAGUACUAUAAGAUUGGCAUGGUGCCCAUGUGCUUCCUGUUCCUGCACUGGUGCCCUGAUACAUCUGUGGAGAGCCUGUGGAAUUCCUACAUCUUAGCUUCUAUUCUCUGAUACAGCGUUGCCCUCCAUGGCACCUGGCUGGCCCACAGCGCUGCCCACAUGUAUGGAAACUGGCCCUAUGACAGACACAUCAGCCUUCAGCAGAACUCACUCAUCGCCCUUUGUCUUCCAGGAGAUGGCUUCCACAAUUACCGCCAGGCGUUUCCUUUUGACUACUCUGCAAGCAAAUUUGGCUUAAAUUUCAACACAACCACCUGGUUCAUUGAAUUCCUGUACUUCCUGGGACUGGCCACUGACUGCAAACAGGUGACCAAGCAGAUGAUCCGGUCUAAGACCAGGACUGGUGAUGGCAGCUCCUGA